AUGACUAAAAGUCUUUCUGCAGCGAGCUGCAUCUCGAACCAAACCCCGAGGUUUGUGUGGAUAUCCGACGCACUCUUGACAGACACCUUCGAUCGGUUUGGUCACCACAAGCGGUAUGGCAGCAGCGUGCCAGGUCCCCUGGAGGCACAGCGGCGCGCUGCGAGACGCAAAAAUACAAGUCUGGCAUAUGCCAGCCCCGGGGGUAUCGCAGCUGAUCCUUCAAUUGUCCUCGGAAGCUCUGCGAACAAGCUAGCUUGGUGGCAGUCUCCCCAGCAUGGAGAGGCCGCAGACUCAGCUUCUCCGCGAGUCCUACCAUCGUGGCUCUUUCCCUUUGAAAGCUCGCCCGCCCUCACAAAGCCCGCGAUUGUCGCACGCCAACCAGAAGAGACAAUACCAGAGUCGAGGAAAAGAUCUGAAAUCGAGACGAAUCAACUGUCCCACUGCAAAACUCUAGUCGAAAUUAAGGACUGGGUUCAAGAUGGAGGAGUCAAUCUGCGUGAAAAUGGUCAUGUCCGAGCUGCGAUACCGAAACAUAUCCUCGAGGCGGAAUUCCAGAUACACGAGAUCGCAUCGUACAUAUGCGACCCGAUAUUUCAUCCACCGGGAACGUCAUAUAUUCUUGAAUUAAUGCGCGGCCUUCUCGAUCGUACUUGGGACGCGACCUCCUGGGGAGUCCUGCAUGAUGCUCUUUGUUCUGCUACUGAACUAGGCCUACUCAACGUGAAUGAUCUGAAGGAGGUCAUUAGCGAGUUGGUCAGUCUGACGGAGGUACGGCUAACCGACACCCACGGCAAGAAGAAAAAAGUGAAGGCCAAUGCCCAAAUGUACCUGAUCUACGGAAUUCUGGAUUCGCUCGAUCGCUCUACAAUUUUGCGCAUUACCGACCUUGGGCCGCCCUUUCUGACCGGACUCUUCUCGAAGUUUGCGACACUGAGAUACUACCGUGGCUGGUGCCGGAAGUUAUUGUGGCGUCUCCUCCCAUGGGCACCGAAAUCUGACAUUCCCGUCAUUCGUCGGAUUACGCUGAAACAGCUCCAUUAUGCCUGUCAACACAAUCUUCAAGAGAAAGUAGGACGAAUACUCGCCGAAAGGCUGGCAGCGGCCGACUCGGAGGUUUUACAGCUCGCCCUGGUUGAUAUAACGGAGAAGUUGCUGAACAUGUCGAUGGAAUCCCGCACGAUGCUGUACAAGUACCUGUGGCAUCACUGGUGUGGUACACUGGCCAUUCUUGGAUCACCAGGUUAUAAUGUCUCUCUGACAGAGGAAGCGUGGGCUUCUGUGCAAUCUACGAGAAGCUCCCUACUACAAGAUCAACGUCUGUUGGCAUUUGCCUGGACUGCAAUGCAUCUCUCUUCAGAUCGUCAACAAUCCGUGAAAAUGGAGGAUGGGAUGCGGUUUCUCGACCUCUUUGAAAACUUGCUGCGGUCGAUACCAGAGUUUACUGAAGACUUCCUGGAUCGCGCUGUUCUUGAGCCUGCUUGUAUGGCUCUGCCGAACAACCACAUCCUCCUUCGAAAUCUUACGAGACUAUCGGGUAGAGCAGAGGAACUGCUACCUGCGUUGGACAGUAAAUGCACUGGCCAGUCGAUAUUGAAACCGGGCUUAUCUCCAAGCUUGAUCGACAAACGCAUCCAGAAUGCUCACUUUGCAGGCCACGAGGCAUUGGCAGAGCUGAUCGAGAGUUCAAACAAAGAUCUUUCGGCCUUCAAGAUCUUAUCACGGAGGAUGAUACACAAAAGCACAGCAUCGUUUGGCUUUGUCUGCCACCUCCUAGAGACCAAUCCGCUGUUCAAGUUAGCGUUAAGGACACCUCACCUUCUUGUUGCAAGGCCAUCCCUUCAAACUGGUACGUUCGCGAAUCUCAGCACUCCAGUGGGAAGUAAAACAGUCUCGUCCUCAAAACCAGAAGAUGCGUCGAGCGAUUGGAGCUUACCCAGCAGAGAUGAAGUAAUUGAUCUGAUAGGUCAUCUUGCCCUCUCAUUUGCAACUUCGAAUGUCGCCACCCCCCGGGCUGCACUCCGCAGAGUCUACUGGUGCUAUCUGUUCCUGCGCCGCUAUGGAGCACCUGUCUCGCCAGCCAUCAGUCGAGCGUUGUGGCACGUCGGCGUCACACGAUAUGGUGAUCAAGGCACGCCGGCAACACUGUUGAAGUGGAUCCUGUUACAAGUCAAACAGGUAGAGGGGGAGAAUGUUGCAAACCUAUUGCUCUGGAAUGAGACAUUUCGCCAAACACGUCAAGAUCAGAUUGCCGUUUUGACCAAAAUUGACGAAGAAGAGGAAAAGAGACUUCUUGUCGAGUUGGAUGUUACAGCUACAAAAUACCAAGAGGGUGAAGACGAGGAGCUCGCAGCGUUACAGUCGAGAGGUUUGGCAUCCCCUGACGGCGAUAUUCUUAGUCACGAGGAGAAAGGAGACUCAGAGCUGCUGAGGAAAAUCAUGUUCCUCAAGUCCGAGCCGCCGUACAAGCCAUUUUGGAUGCCCAGAGAGCAAAGGAUGGCCGAUUGGCGCAUAUCCUCAACGACGGAUGUGGAGGGGAAGAAGGAAAUACUGCAGCGCAGGGCAGUGGAAGCUCUGAAGGUUGCGAACCUAAUGUAUCGAGGCUGA